UCAAAUAACAAUAGGCUAUUUAAACGACUCCUCCCUAUAAACCGCGCUCGAGUCCGUGCAUUCUCUCGCCAAGACUCAAGACUGUGUUCGUUCUCUCUCAUCAACCGCUACUCGCCUCGAAAUCCCCCUCUUUGCCCUAAAAAACGAGCUUUCUCUCUCUAAUUUUAGCUUUCUCCUGCUGUCUUAUACUUUCAAUGUCUCUUUGUCUCUCAUCAGCUGUUUCUUGUUCUCCCUGAAUUCCUUGUUCGGGGGCUUUGAGCUCGACUUCUCUCUCUAUAUUUUAUCUCUUCUAUUUCUAUUAUCAGAAUCUUGUGAUUGGGUGUUAAUGGCGGUGAAGACGCCUGAUACAUGGCUCGUAUGCGAUCACCAUUGUUUCUGUUGAAGAAGUUUUUAUUACUGAGCUGGUUAUUGAUUUUAGGGUUUCAGUGUCGAAGACAAGCGAUUUGAGGCAAAAAUUUUCAGAGAAAUUGAUGGACUACGGCCCUUCAGACAGUAGUGGUACCGAUGAUGAUCUGCCUCCAUCUCAUCAGACCAGAGUAAAUAGAGGAGGAGGUCGAGUGGCCGGGAAUGGAAGAGCUGUUCCUGUUGGCUCACUUCCUUAUUCUCGGGUCCAGAAUGACAUGGAGACCGAAAUACACUGGAUUGAGCAAGAGGCAUACGGAUCAGUUUUACGAGCCUUCAAAGCUCAGGCUGAUGCAAUCACAUGGGAAAAAGAAGGAUUGAUGUCUGAAUUACGAAAAGAGUUGAGAGUAUCAGAUGAAGAACACAGAGAGCUCCUAGCCAGAGUAAAUGCUGAUGAAACCAUCAGAAGGAUAAGGGAGUGGAGAAAGUCAGGUGGCCUCCAACCUGGUUUGCUUGGUGCUGCACAACCUGGGCAUGACCCAUCACCUAGUCCUACAGUAUCCGCUUCUCGGAAGAAGCAAAAGACAUCUCACCAGAUGCCUUCUCUAUCACUGAAUGCACCUUCUCCAAAUAUACCGCCACAAACAGUUGCUGCAUCCAUGCAUCCAUCAUCAUCAGCUGCAAAACGAGGAGCUGUGGUAGGAGCCAGGGGCAAGAAGCCUAAAUCUGGCCAAACAGUACCCGGUGUUUCCUCAAUGAAGCCAUUGCAGUAUUCUUCUACUCCUCUGGCUGGAAGGGGCCAGGUGGCAAACCGUGGUUCUUCUGGUGCUCUUGUAGCAAGUGAACCUGCUGAGGCGGCAGCUUUUGAUCCAUUGAUUGGCCGGAAAGUGAUGACCAGAUGGCCUGAAGAUAAUAAUUUUUACGAGGCUGUUAUCACUGAUUACAAUCCAAAGGAGGGGCGGCAUGCACUGGUUUAUGAUAUAAAUACAAAGAGGGAGACGUGGGAGUGGGUCAAUCUAAAAGAGAUAUGUCCUGAAGACAUCACAUGGGAAGGUGAGGAUCCAGGAAUAUCUCGCCGAGGAGGCAGAGGAGGUCCUGGGCGUGGGAUCAAGAAGUCUGUUGGUCGUGGUGGUGCGGUUUCUGGUUUGGGUAGAGGGAGAGGUGGACCAAAAAAUCAAUCUAAAAAAGAUUUCCCACCCACCCAGAAUGGCAUUGGAAAGAAGGCUUCAGAUGAUAUUGAAAUACUUCACACUGAUACGCUAAUCAAGGAGGUGGAGAGAGUGUUCUCUGUUAACCAUCCAGAUCCUGUAGAGAUUGACAAGGCAAAGAAAAUGCUCAAAGAGCACGAGCAAUCGCUAAUUGAUGCCAUUGCAAGACUUGCAAAUGCUUCGGAUGGUGAAAGUGGUAUGACCAUGACUUGCACAUUAGUUUUUGAGGAGGGAGAGCAUCCUUUCUCACAUGGGCAGUCAGUAGAUAGAGAGAGGGGAGGGUGGAGGAACCAACAAUAUGGUGGGGCUCAACACUUUGAGGAUGAAGGUGCUGGAGAAGGCCGGGGGGAGGGCUCGGAUGCAGACCCCCUGGCUGGAGAUGCUGGACCUGCCUCUGAUGAUCAACAAGAAGGAGAUGAUGGCGAUGAUAUCAUCUAAUUUUCUGGCAAGCUUUUCGGUCUUUCCGACGCAUAACCCCCUCUCUACCCUCACCUAACCGCUCUCUUCUCCCAACUUUGACCCCCCUCUUGUAGACCCAUAAUUCUCUCUUUCUACCCCACUUAACCCACAUCCCCCUACCGCCCCCCCCACCACCCAAAAAACCCAACCAGUGUAACAUGGCCCGUAUUUAUCCAAGUUUACAUUAUUUACUACCACACCUUGGGGGAGAGAGAGAAGAAAGGGAAUAAUCACCUUGCAUUGGGGAUUCCCUUGUUCGAGUUUUGAGGGUUGGUGCACAGAAGGGCUCUCGCUCUUGUUUCAGCUUUGUAAGCCUGUGACCCAUGUAAAGAGAGUGUGUGAUAGCUCCUGCUGGUUGGAGAUGGCUGCAUUUCAGAUGAUUAUGACGCAGGUUAUCAUGUAUUAUUAGAAGUUUUCAGGUUUGAGGGAGAUGGGGUUUCGGUCUUUCUUGUUUUUUCUUUUUUUUCUGUGGAUUUAGGUUAAGUUUGUUGGCUAUUAGAUUCUAGUCGCCUGGCGAAGGGUAAUGAUGGUUCUAUGUUGCGUUGUGAACAUUUGUUUUUCCCUCGAUACAGAGUUGGAAGUUCUUGGAGUGCUUCUUAUCAAUCAAUUAGACUUGAUCUAA